UAUAACGAUGACGUCGAUGACGGCCAACUUAGACGAACGUAAAGCACUGGCCAAUACAUAUGAUCUCAAACGUAUUGUCGAAGUAUUUGGUCGGACACUCGGCCGACACAAAGUUCAGAUGAAAAAGUCGGACAUCGAAAUACUGCAGUUCAACGCCAACGAGUGUUUGCGACAAAAAUAUCUGGACUAUUGGCCCGAAGUGCAAGAAUUUUACAGCGAAUUGGGUCUACCAGAGGACGAGUUUAACUACAAUCUGGAGGACUGGAUGAUACCGUUGCUGUUGCGGACGUGCUGGUGGUACGACACUACACAAUGGCCGGGAGACGAUGACCAACGCAAUGUUGUCACAGUCAUCGUUAAGAAAACACAUUACAUCGGUUCAGUCAACGUUGUCGAUGGAGUACAAGUGCACACCUAUCUGGGCAUACCAUACGCUCAGCCACCGGUAGGUGAGCUCCGGUUCAAGAAGCCGUUACCAGUCGCCGAACCGCCGAAGACAGUGGACGCCACCGAAUGGCGUCCGGCCUGCUAUCAGAAUGAAUUGUUCAAAGAGCUGAUCAUCAAUAAGAGUCUCAGCGAAGACUGUCUCCAUUUGAACGUAUGGUCGCCGAAGAACGACAACGAACGCCAGUACGAGGCCGACCCGUUAAGGCCAGUACUACUCUGGAUUCACGGCGGUGCCUAUAUAUCCGAUUCGGCCAGUCGUCCCAUAUAUGACGCCCGAUGGUUGGCCGCCAAAUCUGAUGCCGUAGUUGUGACCAUUAACUAUCGAUUGGAUAUAUUGGGAUUUUUCUAUUCGGGCACCGAUGAAGCACCGGGAAACGUUGGCCUAUGGGAUCAGGCGCUGGCCAUGGAAUGGAUUAUCGAUAAUAUAGCAUAUUUUGGUGGCGAUCCUAAAAAGAUAACAUUAAUCGGUGAAAAUGCCGGCGCCUUUUCUAUUGGUGUCCACUUGUUAUCACCGAUUAGUCAGAGUCUCUAUCAGAAUGCUGUAAUGAUUUCGGGUUCGGCGUUGAACUACAUUAUCGGCGAGAAUCCCGAAGUGGCCAAAGAAAAGUGGCUUUUGGUGGCCAACGAGAUGAAGUGCAUCAAAAAAGACAGCGCCAACAACUUUACUGAGGAAGUCAUGUCGUGUUUGCGCAACAAAUCGGCCGCCGAUUUGUCCAAAACGUUGCUACUGUUGUCGCACAAAGCGAAGAGCGAGAAGAAAAAGUUUGACGAAAUUACUCCUCAAGUGAUCUUCGGAGACGCCUUUCUGCCGGAAUCGCCCGAAACAAUGCUGACGGCUGGCGAUCAUAAGCGUAGUGUCAAUGUGCUGAUAGGACAUACCGAUGACGAGGGCGGCUAUAUGUUGCCAAUGGUCGAUAUGGAGAGGUAUGCGCUGAUGAAUCCGAAAUCGAUAACCAAAGAUGAAGCUGAAGCCGAUCUGAAGAAACUGACCAAACAGUUGAUUACGAAGACAAAGAUAAAUGCCGACAAAGUGGCCAAAACUUACUUUUCGUCGCUGAAGUCCAGCACAGACGAGAAGAUACUUCGCCGGACAUUAGGCGUGGCUUUAGGCGACUAUUAUAUUACUUGUCCGACCAUUUUGUUCGGCAAACAACUGGUCAAAAGUUCGGCGGCAGACAAAGUCAAUGUCUAUCACUAUUAUUGGACCCGAAAAGUAUCCGAUAAGGCUGUUCCCUGUGCCGAUUGGAUGGGCAGCUGUCACGGAACCGAUACCUAUAUGCUGUUUGGCGAUCCGUUUAUCAAUAGAGACAACUAUGAAGAGGAGGACAGACAGAUGUCCGAGAGGUUCAUCAAAACUAUCUCUCAUUUUGCAUAUCACGGUCGACCUCUCAAUCAACAGAACAAAGAAUGGCCUAAAUAUUAUAUGAAAGACGAAGAAGUGAUUGCACCCUAUUAUGAAUUCAAUGGCAACGAUGACAAAGUUGAUGACAUCGUAGACAUUGUCACCGACAACGACAACAACAGCGCGAAGAAAAAGAAAAAGAUUUUCGGCAAAAAUCUGAAGACAAAAGAGUGCGAAAAGUUAUGGAAAAAAUAUAUCAUUUAA